GGAGAGCAUCGGAGAUCGGAUUCCACAGGCGCAGGCUGGUCAUGUGGAUUUUGAAGUACGUGGCAGGGUGCGUCUCUUAUGAUCACCGGCCGAGGGCUCUGAGAAGAGCUUCAACGGAAACGCGGACCACAUCACAGAGAGGCAGAGACAGACCUCGGAGCUCAACGCUGCAGCAGUCCCCAGCGCCCCUCCGCCGGUGAGUCACCUGUCUUCUUUCGAGCCACAAAGGCAGGCGCUAACCCCGGCUUGCUGGGCCCUCUGAUCCCUGCCCGCGGCGCAGCACGGCGGGUUCGCCAGGACGCCCGCCAUGGCGGAGGACGACUACACAGACCCCGGCUUCUUCAACGUGUCCGGCGACGGCAGCGAGGGCCACGAGCGCUUCCUGGAGUUCCGCAAGGUCUUCCUGCCCUGCAUGUACCUGGGGGUGUUCGUCUGUGGCCUGGUGGGGAACGCGCUGGUGCUGGUCAUCUACAUCUUCUACCAGAAGCUGAAGAGCCUGACGGAUGUGUUCCUGAUGAACCUGCCCUUGGCUGACCUGGUGUUUGUCUGCACCCUGCCCUUCUGGGCCUACGCGAGCAUCCACGAGUGGGCCUUUGGCAACAUCAUGUGCAAAACCCUGCUGGGCAUCUACACUUUGAACUUCUACACAUCCAUGCUCAUCCUCACCUGCAUCACCAUGGACCGCUUCGUUGCGGUGGCUCGGGCCACCAAGGCCUACAACCAGCAGGGGCGGUGGAUGGCCUGGGGCAAGGCCCUCUGCGUGUUCAUCUGGGCAGCCUCCCUGCUGCUGUCCCUGCCGCAGAUCAUCUACGGCAACGUCCUUGACCUGGACAAGCUCGUCUGUGGCUAUCACGCCGAGGAGAUCUCCACAGUGGUCCUGGCCACCCAGAUGACACUGGGGUUCUUCCUGCCCCUGCUUGCCAUGGUGGUCUGCUACUCGGUCAUCGCCAAGACGCUGCUUCGCGCCCGAGGCUUCAAGAAGCACAAGUCCCUGAAGGUCAUCUUCCUGGUGGUGGCGGUGUUCCUGCUGACCCAGACGCCCUUCAACCUGGUGAAGCUGAUCCGCAGCGCGAGCUGGGAGCGCCAUGCCAUGACCAGCUUCCAGUACGCCAUCGUCGUGACCGAGGCCAUCGCCUACCUGCGGGCCUGCCUGAAUCCCGUGCUCUAUGCCUUUGUCGGCUUGAAGUUUCGGAGAAACUUCUGGAAGCUCAUGAAGGACCUCGGCUGCCUCCCGUACCUGGGCGUCUCAGGUCAAUGGAAGUCUUCCGAGGAUGCCUCCAAGACCUGCUCGGCCUCUCAUCACGCGGAGGCCACCAGCAUGUUCCAGCUGUAGGCGUUGCCCCGGGUUUGGAGAGCCGCUCGCAAGCGUACAGGAGCACGGCCGUGUGCUCCGGAUGCGACGAGGAAGGCUUGGCUUAUUACGGCUUGCGCACUGUCACGCAGAAGCCACGCGGCAGCUGGACCCUGCUUCUCGGGCACAAACGCGAUCCGCUCUCUUCUCGAACCCUCGGGCCUAAAGCUCGGCGGAAGGGGGUGGGAGGGCAGCUCUAAAGCCCAGAAGGGCUUUCUUUCCUCUAUUCCCAAGAAUGCUGGCUCCAAGGGAAUGAAGAGGGACCCUUGAGACCUUAGGCUCUCCUGCGUGGGGGCUGGGACUGGACACUCAGGAGGGGAGCAUGGCCGCAAAGCACUGUGGGCGGGCGAGACUCCAGGCCCCCCAGUACAGACGAUUCUUCCAGCCACUGGGAAGUGGGGAGACUGGGGCAGACAUGACAGCGAGGCCUGGUCCAGUUCAGAACUCAUCGCCAGGCACCUGGCAGAAAUGAGAUCAGGUUUGCCUCACCUUGGGGUCGCGCCUUUAUAGACAGAGAUGCUUAUGUUCUCUUUGAUUAAUCUUGGGAGGAAGAACACCAGGGGGCACAGAGUCCAAACGAAUUAGUCAGCUGAGGAUCCCAGCGGUCCACGGAAUGCCAGGAAAACGUGCAAAGCAGAGUUUAUGACUCUCAUGGAUCUAAGCAGCAUUUCUGAACGGAUUCUUGGGUGGGUGUGCUCAUUUAAAAGCCAAACUGAUGCCGGACACGCUCGCAUGCCGAUAAAUCACAGAUCAGUGUGGAUGGGACACAAAUACACGCAUAUCAAAUGGCAUAUGGUUUUCAUGACUAUGAAAUAAAACCCUUUGAAAAUCUCCAACCUAGGUUUAUCCCUAGGCACAUUUUACGUGAACGCAGUAUGCUUGGAAUACAGGAAGUGAUUACUUAUGGGCUCAGAGCAUGGGGAAAGCAGUUAAAAUUGUAAGCUUUGAAAGCACAGCUCUAUCAAGGAAAUGGAACAUACCAGUGAUAAUGCUCCUUCGCUGUGGCUUUCAACCUCCUGCCCAAAAUGCGAGGUACGUUUGUGUCACCUCCGUAGUAUGGUCGCAUGAUGAAGCAGUUCCAAAUGUCAGACACUUGGGUAUGUUUAUUAGAUUCCAGUAGCAAUCUGCUCAAUUGGCUUAAAGUUGCCUUUGGGGCUCAUGCUUUGCAAAACCACUCACCAAAAACGAAGAGGACCAAUCACCUACAGUGAGAGAGAGCGCAAGCCACAGGCAGGGUGCUGGGCCGGGCUGGCUUGACGGUGCAGCUGUGGGGGCCGGACACGGAGUCCCAGCCCGGGUUCUCACGGGGGAGCGUGACCAGCUGGUAAUCUCUUAACCUCUUUGGUUUUGGUGAGACACAGGCCAUAAGAGACCCUGCUUCUGGGGGCUGGCGUGGGGGGUGGCCUUGGGACAGUGGCAUGCAUUCAGGGGUGGGAGGGCCCCACAGACGGCCGUGGCAGCUCAAGACCUAGUGACACGUGGAGGCCGCAGGCCUAUCCUGAGUGAGUUGGCAAGGCGCGGGAGGGGUGCCCGGCGUGGCACCCACACCCUGGUGUGGCUGCGUGCAGGCCGGCCUCACAGGGCCCACACGACCCUCCUACCGUCUCACGCUUGCACCUAAAUGCAGCCGGAGGGCAGCGGCCUCCCCAUAUACAGGUCCCGUGGACUGAGAGCUUCCUCACACAACAAAAUCUGCCCUUUCUGUGGUGACAAGGCUGACUUUUACCUUCUUUAAAUGGCUUCAAAUACAAAAAAAAAAGGCAACAGAAAAAAUAAAAAAUAAACAAUAAACACUCUGGCUUCAAA